AUGAAGAAGAAGUCCAUGAAUACCCUCGCCAAUUUGGCGCCUCGCCGUCGCGAUAGAGGUAUCAAGAAGGAAAAAAUGACCGAAGUCAAAGAGUCGGUGACGCCCUCGUUGCCUGCGAACACCUACGAACCGGGCCCGUUCGAGAGCGGCGCUGCCUUGACAGGCAACCAAGACCAAAAUGUUGACCGCUUGGCCAGUGAACUCUUAGAGAGCACUAUAUUCAGCCACCCGAACGGUCUUCGAAGUCAUCCUUCAGUCCUCCUCUGCGCUUCCGAACCGAUGGCGUUUCCAUCCCAUUCUUCGGGACAGAAGGCAAAGAUGGACACCUCCUCGCACAACCUCACAAUCAGUUCUCCAUCGGGAGGAAACACUACACGUUCUCAGUCGUAUGCUCAGGCCUCGGAGAUGAACCAGAUUCCACCAGCCAUCCCUCGCAAAUCUUCACGUCGACGACGAGGCAAGAGAACCAAGAAUACUGACAAUGAGCUGCAUCUUGCGAAGCGUUCGUUUCCUCAAUCGAAAACCACUCUGUUGGAUGCCGGUAAUAGACAUGGAUUUGUCUUGUCUGGUUCGACGACGGCGCCUCUCGGCGUAAUGCCCAAACAGGCUGUUGGCUCCAUGUCUGACACCAACCCCGAUGCUGUCAAUCCCAACUUGGUGAACGACAAGCUCGCAGCGAUGCUGGCUGCUACCGAGGUACUCAAGCCUCGUGGCUCCCAGGAAAUCACGCCGACAAUCUCAAUUCCUUCACGAAAUCGUCGCAAGAAGGUCAUGUCAAAGGUCCGCCAGGCACUGGACAUCUUCCAGUCCAAGCCGAAGACCCCAGAGUCCAGUAUCAGGGGCAAGAUAUCUGCCCCAAUCGCUCUCGCAACAUGCGACAUGCCAAAUCCAGCGGUCUACUACCAUCUGGAAGAAGUCGAGGACGCUUCUCCUGCCAGCUCUGCCCAUCCCCGCGCGAACGAAGACGACGACAUGUUUGGCAACCGCAAAAUGAAGAAGUCACAGACCAUUAUUGGGGGCUGCAUCGUCCGAAAGCCUGUUCCCAAUGAUGGAAGCGUCGGAUCCUCGGACGACCCCUUUUCUGAGGCGUACGAGAUAAUCCGUACCCCCACUCCCUUUGAGCAUCGCUUGAAGAUCAGCAUCGACUCGACUGAUGAUAUCCCGCCUGUUCCGGUUCUCAAUCCCUUUGCAGCCGAAAAAGACUUUGAUGCUGAUCUCGAGGGUAUCUUGUCCGAGAAACCCCUCUGCGCUUCGACCCCUCGUACGCGUACUGUCCAUAACGCUGCCUCCCCAGAAAGUCCCUCGAAGAGAUACGCCAAAGGAGACAAGCGUCACCUCGGGGCCUUGGAAGAGACCGAGGGAAACACUGUUGCUUGUGGCCCUGUUCCUCGGAAGCUGAAGCUGGCCGGCGGCAUGAGACUGUUUCGCGACCAGGCAGACCUGAGCAUGAAGAAGCACCCGUCCCCUAGCAAGGACGAGCUGAACGAUUUGGAGACUCGAUUUCGUGCUUAUGCGAUUGAGCAAAUCAAGAAGGCGCCUUUGGAAGAACGCGAGGCGUUGGAGAUCAAGUUCGCAGGCCUUAUCGGACCCAACGCGCUGACGCCGCGGGACAAGAAUGCUCCGAUGAAGUCGCAUGCCACGAAGGACAUCAUGUACGAGGCCAGCAGUGUUGUAGAGCAUAAGCACACUCGCGAGUCCUCGAUUUUUUCAUCCAAGAAAUCCCGGAUUCCUCGUCCUGUCGAGCCAAUUACCAGAGUUCCAUUCGCUCCCCGAUUCGCACCUCAGCGCCAGCCGACCAACUUUGACGCGAUGGAGCUUGACGAGCUGCAGUAG